CCAUUUUGGAGUGGAGGCGGCAGCGGUCCCGGUCCGCUCUCGGCCCCUUCCCGGUCCCCUCCGGGUCCCUUCCCCGUCCCGUUUGUCCUUGUCGUGCCCUCCCGCUGCCGUCAUGAGCGUGGUGGAACACGUCCGGGAGAUGGCCUCCGCCGGGCUCCACUCGAACGUGCGGCUCCUCAGCGGGCUUCUCCUGACGAUGAGCGGCAACAACCCGGAACUGUUUUCACCAUCUCAGAAAUACCAACUCCUCGUAUAUCAUGCGGAUUCUCUUUUCCAUGAUAAGGAAUAUAGAAAUGCUGUCAGUAAGUACACAAUGGCCUUGCAGCAGAAAAAGGCUUUAAGUAAAACUUCAAAAGUAAGACCUUCUACUGGGAAUGCUGCAUCAACCCCCCAAAGCCAGUGUUUACCAUCUGAAAUCGAAGUGAAAUAUAAAAUGGCUGAAUGCUAUACAAUGCUGAAGCAAGAUAAAGAUGCUAUUGCUAUUCUGGAUGGGAUUCCUUCCAGACAGAGAACCCCAAAGAUCAACAUGAUGCUGGCAAAUCUGUACAAGAAAGCGGGUCAAGAACGCUCAUCUGUUACAAGCUACAAAGAAGUACUGCGACAGUGUCCGUUAGCACUUGAUGCCAUACUAGGUUUGCUCUCGCUGUCGGUGAAAGGUGCAGAAGUGGCCUCUAUGACGAUGAAUGUAAUUCAGAGUAUUCCUAACUUGGACUGGCUUUCAGUGUGGAUCAAGGCAUAUGCUUUUGUGCAUACUGGAGAUAACACGAGAGCAAUCAAUACCAUUUGCUCUUUAGAGAAAAAGUCAUUGCUGCGGGAUAAUGUAGAUUUAUUGGGGAGCUUAGCAGACCUGUAUUUCAGAGCUGGAGAUAAUAAAAACUCUAUUCUAAAAUUUGAACAAGCACAAAUGCUGGAUCCUUACCUAAUAAAAGGAAUGGAUGUAUAUGGUUAUUUAUUGGCACGGGAAGGUCGACUGGAGGAUGUGGAAAACUUGGGCUGCCGUCUCUUCAAUAUUUCAGAUCAGCAUGCAGAGCCCUGGGUGGUGUCUGGGUGUCAUAGUUUCUAUAGUAAACGAUACUCCCGUGCCUUAUAUUUAGGAGCCAAAGCUAUCCAGCUUAAUAGUAAUAGCGUUCAAGCACUGUUGCUGAAAGGAGCUGCUCUUAGGAAUAUGGGCCGGGUACAGGAAGCAAUUAUACACUUCCGCGAAGCGAUACGUCUUGCGCCUUGCAGGCUGGAUUGCUAUGAAGGUCUCAUCGAAUGUUACCUAGCAUCUAACAGUAUCCGAGAAGCUAUGGUUAUGGCAAAUAAUGUGUAUAAAACUCUGGGAGCAAACGCACAGACCCUCACUCUGUUAGCAACAGUCUGUCUUGAAGACCCAGUCACACAGGAAAAAGCAAAAACAUUAUUGGACAAAGCGCUGACACAAAGACCUGAUUACAUUAAAGCUGUGGUAAAGAAAGCAGAACUUCUUAGUAGAGAACAGAAGUAUGAAGAUGGAAUUGCUUUGCUGAGGAACGCACUGGCUAAUCAGAGUGACUGUGUUCUGCAUCGAAUACUCGGAGACUUUCUUGUAGCUGUCAACGAAUACCAGGAAGCAAUGGACCAGUACAGUAUUGCCCUAAGUUUGGAUCCAAACGAUCAGAAGUCACUAGAAGGAAUGCAGAAAAUGGAAAAAGAGGAAAGUCCAACAGAUGCAACCCAGGAAGAAGAUGUGGACGAUAUGGAGGGAAGUGGAGAAGAGGGGGACUUGGAAGGCAGUGAUAGUGAAGCAGCCCAGUGGGCAGAUCAAGAACAGUGGUUUGGCAUGCAGUGAUGGCCUCUCUUCGUGAGGCUUGUUUUGGCACAUGAACAUACCACCGGGGCCAUUGUUCUUUGAAGAACUUCAGCUAUGAUUUUUGCAGUAACAAAGACUUCUUUUUAUAGACUCUGAAACCAUUUAAUAGUUCUAUGCAUCUCAAUGCCGUGAAGAUUCUUGAUGCUUCUUAUUUAUUAAGUAUAGGGGAUUAACUGUACUGGAGGUUAUUUGCAACUUUAAUUUCAAAAAAUCCCUGCUAAAACUAAAAGCAUUAGAAUCUAAAGUGCAUAAUAAGCCUUUUGUUUAUGAUGAGAACUGUCUACAUUGUGUUCAGGGCUAAGUGUGCUUGAUUGAUUUGUAAAUAACAGCGGUUUGUAUUCCUUUGUGAAAAAGGUUUGUAUUCUCCCUUGUUUGUAUGCUACCUUUCGGGCUCACACUCCUGUUGAAGUCUGGAGGAAUUGCUUCGGUGUGGCUGAAAGCAGCACUUUUCUCUUGCUGUUUGUUGAAUUAAUUUGUCUUUUUAUAAGGCAUGUCUUUUUAUCUUCUGUGUGCUAUAAAGGAGAAGUUUGGUACGCCACGCCGCUUUGACUUAGAGGACAUUUUUGUAGUUGACUGAUUUCUGUGUGUACAGAAUUGUACCAGUGUUGGAGAAUCACAGCAGUUUGCCCAAUCCUUACUGAACCAUAAAAUCACAUAAAGUCUGUACAUUAACAUUUAUUUUUAAACGCUCUUUAGUUUUAUUUCAGUAUAUUAUUAAAUGGUUUUUCAUCAGUGACUCAAAGCACUUCACAUUCUACGUACAGCAAUGACAAUUAAAAUGAUGUAAAAAGAA